UUCUGUUUGAGGGCUGUCAACAUAUACACGUUCAUUGCAUAUUCCUCCCACUGACGCUGUUUUCUUUUCAUCCGAAUAUCUGGAUUCCUUUCCCGCCAAAACCAAUGACAAUUACUCGUAUUCUCACAUGCCUACUUAUUUGUUUAUUUAUUCGGAUACCGGCAGCGGGUACGAAAACAACACAAUUAAUAUUCAAGAGAUUCACAGAAGAGACAUGUCAGAAUGAUCCGUGUUUGAAUGGAGGGACUUGUACACCUGGAAAACUGUCAUGUACAUGUGCAACUGGAUGGAUGGGAAGAUAUUGUCACAGAAAGUGUCGUAACAUCUACAAGAGUUGCGAUCGAUGGGCCGUGGAAGACAAAUGCCACACAAUUCUCACUCAAACCAACUUCUUUGACGUCAACUGUGCUAUAUCCUGCAAAAUGUGCUCUCCUGACCCAAACUACGUAGCCCCUGAAAUUCCACUUGCACCAGCUCUCGAGCCAAUGCAAUUUUUCUUGGGAAAAUGGCAUUCACGAGCUUCGAAAGGCUUGAGAUUCCCCACUGAUUUGUACGAUACUGAGUAUGAGGAGAUAAUUGAUAUUGCUCCAGCAAAUGUUCCAAUGUUCGGACCACCAUCCUUGAAUUUCACAAGCACAUCUUGGUUUGGAGAUGAUACACGUGUUGUGCACGGUUUUAUCACUCUCAAGCCAAACUCCUUUCCACCAGAGGUCGCCAUCCUCAGUACUAGUAAUGAAGGACUCAACAUGAUCGAACUAGGCACUUUGAAGCAUCACGUGCUCACAUUGAAUGUAUCUUACAUGCAAGUGCACCCAACAAUGGAUAGCAAAGUUCUUCCAUUAGGAGCAACACGACGAUUAAGAAGAGUUGGCAGUUUGUUGGAAAUGACUGUUGCCAAGUUGUUUAGUGAGAAUAAAGUGUCACAGUUCAAGAAAAUGUUCAAGAAAAUUGCGGAUUAUGCAUUCUAAUAUAGAAUUAUUUAAUAAUUACCAUUUUGUCAUUUUUCAUUUGUAUUUAUUUUCCAUCAACUUUCAUUCUAAUAGAAUGCUCAGCUAGUGAAAUUUCAAAAUACUGUAUUUUUCUAUUACUUUUGCAACUCUUAUCUGUCAGUUAACAACUUUUGUUAGAACCAAAGGCAUUUUGCUCCAACUAUAUUUGUUUGACUUUGACUUGUAUGUACAAAAUAAGAAUAAAAACUUGAAUUGGCUGCC